UGAUGUGUCUUUUAAAUGUGUUACCGCUUCACUAAUAAUCAAAAGUAUUUGUCGUUCACGACUUUUUUAGAAGUACUGAAUUAAUCAAAUAAUUAGAACUUCAUAUCUUUAUCCAUCUAUUUAUUUACUAAUAUAUUUAGUUUAUUUUUAAAAUUAGGUAACAUAACAUAAUUCUGAAUAUUGUAUAACAAAAUCCUAUUUAACAAUGGAUAAACACAUAUGGUUCGUAUGUGUGUUUUUCAUUGUUAAUGUAUUUCAAGCACAAUGCCGAACAUUUACCGAAGAAGAUUGUCCUGUUUGUGUCAGUACUAUUGAUAAGUUUUCAAAAUCACUUGAAGGUGAAAAAAAUCCAAGAAAUAUCGAGGAACAAUUCAAGAAAUAUUGUUUGAAUACAAAAAUUGAUAAGGAAAAAAGAUUGUGUUACUAUUUGGGCGGAUUAGAAGAUUCCGCAACUGGUAUAUUAAGUGAAAUGUCUAAACCUUUAUCAUGGUCCAUGCCUGCACUUAAAAUCUGUGAACGCUUGAAAAAAAUGGACGCUCAAGUGUGUGAUAUUAAAUAUGACAAAGAAAUCGAUUGGAAGACAGUCAACUUAAAGAAAAUGAAAGUGAAAGAUUUGAAGAAGAUACUGGAUAACUGGGGAGAAAUUUGUGAUGGUUGCUUAGAAAAAACAGAUUAUAUCAAACGAGUUGAAGAAUUAAAACCCUCUUAUGUUAAAGAAGAAUUAUAAAUAAUGAAAUUUAUUAUCCCA